AUGAACCACGCAAGCUUACCUCACGAGCCCUCUCAGAUUGCAGCCGACCAGAAGCACCAGCCACAAACACAAACAUCAAAGAAACGGCGGACCCGACAACACAGGGGGACACCCCACAUCAAGAUCUACAACAGCCACUUCACGGGAAGGACUGUGGCCUUCAAAGAAAGUACUUCCACCAAAAGCCUCAGAAGCAGGCCCCCAGGAGUGCCCAAGGUUCCGAGAAACGCGUAA